UGCCUACCUCGACAUUUUCCUUUUCUGGGAAUACAAAUACACAAUAGAGACGUUGGAAACUAGCCGUUAGAAGUUUAUAACUUAGAACCGGUCCAAGUGGAGUUGAACUAGGGUUUAAAUGUAUAUAUAUGAUCUCUGUGAGAGCGCUCCCUCGCUAAUCUCAACUGCUACUUCUCUAUACAAGCUCACUCAAAGAUCACAAACGCCACCAUUGAUCAAUUUCUAUUUCGUUCUAUUUAUCUUUUGGUUUCUUCAUUUCCCUAUAUUUCGCUGAUCUGAUUAUUUAUUUUGCAGGUUUCGUUCCUACUAUUUUCUGGGUGUCUGAUCCUUUGUUUUGCAGGUUUUUCGUUUUUUUUUUUCUUUUUCCUUUUUCCUUUUAUUUUUGUUGUUCUCUGCUAACCCCAUGGAUUCAGGAUCUUUCCCCUCUUCGAACAAAACCCAAUCUCGGUACCCUCUUCAAGAACAGAACCUACAGAGGAGAAAUUCAAGGGAAAAUUUGGACAGAUUCAUUCCGAAUCGUUCUGCAAUGGAUUUUGACUUUGCCCAUUACAUGGUAAUGGAAGGGGGGAGGGUGGAGAAAGAUAACCCGGCAACGACCUCUCCAUCGAAAGAGGCUUACAGGAAGCAACUUGCAGAGACUUUGAACUUGAACAGGACCCGUAUUCUGGCUUUCAAGAACAAGCCCCCCACCUCGGUUGAGUCAAACUUCCCAGAAUCUGCACCAUCAGUUCACCAACCGAAGCCCACAAAGCCUCGAAGGCACAUCCCCCAAUCUUCAGAGAGGACAUUAGAUGCCCCAGAACUUGUAGACGAUUACUACUUGAAUCUACUUGAUUGGGGUAGCAGCAAUGUUCUGGCCAUUGCCCUUGGGAACACAGUAUAUUUGUGGGAUGCUUCUGAUGGGUCUACUUCUGAACUUGUCACCGUUGAUGAAGAGAAUGGACCUGUUACUAGUGUCAGCUGGGCUCCUGAUGGGAGACACAUUGCAGUCGGCUUGAACAACUCUGAAGUCCAACUGUGGGACUCUGGGGCCAAUCGACAGCUGAGAACUCUGCGAGGCGGCCACCGAUCCCGGGUGGGUUCCAUGGAUUGGAACAACCACAUCCUAACCACCGGAGGAAUGGAUGGUCUGAUUAUCAACAAUGAUGUGAGAAUAAGGUCCCACAUUGUGGAGACCUACAGAGGACACCAUCAAGAGGUCUGUGGGCUAAAAUGGUCGGCCUCCGGCCAGCAACUGGCCAGUGGAGGAAACGAUAACCUUCUCCACAUUUGGGAUCGUUCAAUGGCCUCCUCUAACUCUCCGACUCAGUGGCUUCACAGGCUGGAGGAACAUACUGCUGCCGUGAAAGCCUUGGCAUGGUGUCCUUUCCAGGGUAAUUUACUAGCCUCUGGUGGUGGUGGAGGAGACCAGUGCAUCAAGUUCUGGAAUACACACACUGGUGCCUGCUUGAACUCUGUGAAUACAGGCUCACAGGUCUGUUCCUUGCUGUGGAACAAGAAUGAAAGAGAAUUGCUCAGUUCCCACGGUUUCACCCAGAACCAACUUACUCUUUGGAAGUACCCAUCCAUGGUUAAGAUUACAGAGCUCACCGGCCACACUUCGAGAGUUCUAUUCAUGGCUCAGAGUCCCGACGGGUGCACAGUGGCAUCUGCAGCUGCCGAUGAAACUCUGAGGUUUUGGAAUGUUUUUGGAGCUCCGGAAGCAGCUAAACCUGCACCUAAAGCGAAUCCCGAGCCAUUUUCCAGCCUGGCCCGAAUCAGAUAAAGGGGUUUAUUUGCUAUUUCUUAUAUUUUCCGAAACACAUUUUAUUACAGGCUUCCCUGAGAAGAAUGCGUUUCAGAUUGAGUUGAAAAAGAAUCGGUCGUGACGAGAGGCCCGAUAUAAAAUAAAGAAGACUUACUUUCUAUGUAAAUUUCCUCCACCUCGGAGGAGUUUUUUUCCGCUGUUGGGCCUUGGAACUGUGGGCGUUUAUUGAAACAUUACGGGUCCUAUUUGCUAUUUAUCGAUUUUCCCACUUUUUCUCAUCUGAUACGCCGUUUUGGGAGUUUUAUCUUGUACAUUGAAUGAAACACAAGUAUAUUGAGUGUUUUAAAAUAAAAUCCGAUGGAUGAAAUUUUCAACACCA